UUUCUUUUCAUAUUACCUAUAUCUCCAUUGCUAUACUGUCUUCAACUUUCUAAACCCUCUACUUAUUUUCCUUUUUGAUUUACUAUUCACUAUGGCCACUGAGCUUCCUGAUUUUUUUAUUUACUACCCUACCUUCCAUAUCCUUAUUUGUAAGGAAUGCCAUACUGCUCUUCCUAAGAAUAAGGCUGUGGAACACCUUAGGAAAGACCAUUUGAUGACUCAACAUCAAGUUAUUAACCUUGGCUAUCAGGCUAUCAUUGAGAGGCUUGAUAUCUUCCCUCUUACUAGGUCUCUUCACCAAAUUCAGAAUGACCAGCCAAUUGCUCCCAUUAAGGGAUUGAGCUCUUUUCAAGCUAGGGAAUGUAGUGCUUGUGGUGAGCUCUUUCAAUCCAUGGACAAAGCUAAUCGCCAUAUUACCAAGGCCCAUCAGCACCAGAGAGGUCAUGCUCAGUAUCCUACCAUUAUAGAUACUCUGGCCCAGGCAUUGCAGCCAAAUCGUUACUUUUUCAAAGUGCGGCUUCCAUCUCACCCUCUAGGGGACCAUGCUCCUACUAGGGCAGGCACCUCUAGUCCUUCACCAACCCCUGGCCCAUCUCAGCCACACUAUGCCCACCACGCUAGGGUGGUUGAGUCUAGUGACUCUGACAUUGAGAUGGUCUCUGCCAGGGAUGUCAAUACCUCUCUGAGAGCCCCUUCUGCCUUUGGACCCUCUGCCAGUCUUCCUACCAGGCCUGGUUCUUCGUCGCAGCCUGACUCUGGCAUCACCCCAGAUCUGGUGGAUUCCCUGCUCCGUCAGUACCAGGAAAUCCAGAAGCCCCAGCCAGAGCAAGCCAAGAUCUAUCUCUCUGGGUCUAGGGAUGAGCUCAAUGGAUUUCAGCUCCACACCAGGUAUCCAGAGUUCCUGCAGCAACGCUCCCUCCCAAAGCUAAGAAAUCUCUUCUCUCUAUCCCUAGAGCAUUCUGAUCGAAUCCAUGAUUUCCUGACUGCCUGCACCACCUAUAUAUUCGCCAAAGGCCAGAAGAUCAUCCCUCUCCUUUCUCGCCAUGUUCGAUGCCUUCUCAAUAGUUUUGACAUUGAGCAUGUGACUCUGCGCCCUUUCAAACCCCUCCAGGAGGCAGCCAGUGCCCAGAAAUAUGCCCGCGUGCUUCACAGCUUUCUCGUUUUUCUGUUGGAGAGCUAUCCCUACCAGGUCACUAGGGGGCCUAGGGAUAGGGACCUGAAUCGACUCUAUGCUAUAGAUCACAUGGUCAAGGCGGGGAUUCAGGAGCUCAAGGACCUGCUACUAUCCCCCACCCUAGCGGAAGAGGAUGAGGAGGCACCAAAGGCCUCAGGCCCCUUGCAGGCAGGCAGUGCCCGUGCCUAUAUUGGUGAUGACCUUGAUGGUGAGAAUGAUGAAGAGGAUGAGAUCGAUCUGGCCCUGGACCUAGGGGGGGAUGAUGGUGAGGAAGAUCUUGAGGACUCUGGUGUUCUCGAGAAGCUCGAGCGGCAGGCCUGGCAGGCCACCAGUGGUUUUCAAUUCACUCAGGCGGCAGUGCACGAAGGGGUGGCUCUCAUUGAAAAGCUCCUCAUUGACCUGGUCACCAGGCAUGAGUCAUAUGACAUGAAGGGCCCUAUCUACGCGUUCCUGGCCUGUUUCAGUAUUCACUACCAGGAGGUGACCUUCAAGCGAAUUGACCGCAUCAGCCAGUCCUACUCUGCCGUUAUCUACGCCAUGCAGCUGGUCGCCAUCAACCACCAUUGGACCCCAUGGAUCCGGAGGAUCCUUGAAGCGAAAGAGGAUGGGCAGGACCAAGCGCUGGCUAAUGCGGCCCCAUUUCAUGCUGUCUUCGGCCCCUGGCUGCAGACCUACUUCAAGCACCAGUCUCCUUACCCCCUUGGAGAUCUUCUGUCCUUCAGAGCCUAUGCUCUCUACUACAACACGAUCUCCAGCGUGCAAGGCAACCAGGUGAUUGAACAAGCACCCCACCACCUAAGAUUCCACCAUCUUAGUGUCAGCCGUCUGCAGCUCCAGGAAUUUUUCCAGAAGUCUACCUUGGACCUGGCACACUCCCUAGUAGGCUCGCUGCUGAUCUGGGAGGAUGCCCAGCUUUUCAACCAGAUCCAGCUGGGGGAGGCAGCUCGAUUUGAGGAUUUUGCCAUGGAGGGGAAUGGAUUCAAUUUCCUAACAUUGAAUGAGGACUACCAACACCACUACCAGCCCUAUCUCGUGAAAAAAAUCCUGGAUGACCCUACGCGAGCCAAAGAAUGGUUCAAGCCAGCUGGAAAUCGGCUCCAUCUCAUUCCCCUACCAGCAGAGCGAUAUUUAUUUAUGGCCAAGAAGUUCCUGCUCCAUCUGCUUGUUCUGGUGCACAUGACCAGUGGCGCCCCUGCCCGAGGCACUGAGAUUCUUCCACUCCUGGCAUCCAAUUCCAUGAUCAACCGCCGAAACCUCUUUCUGGACCCGAAAUCGAAGCUCUUCCUCAUUCGGCUGCGGUAUAGUAAGGUGCUGGCGACCACUGGCAUGGAGCGGAAUGCUGGCGACCUCCCUACCAGCCGCCAGGUCAGUGACACGCUCCGCCAUCGGACCAGCGCCCUGAUCGGCCAGGGCAUUCAGAUCCAUUCAUGGCGCCAUCUCGCCCAAGGCUUCAUUCGAUAUGGCAUGGGGGAACGGAUGGAGGGGGACUCCAUUGAAGCGCCAGAGCUGAGUGAGCUUGAGAAUGAAGCUCUAGCAGCCGGCCAAGCACACCACAGCGUCCGCACGGCCAUGCUGGUCUAUGGCCGGCCACAGGUUCAAUUUGGCAACCUCCCCAUCAACCAGCAGGCCGCCUACAUUGACUUCAGCCAGCGGUGGCAUUCCUAUAUCGGCAUGGGGCCUGAUUUCGACUUUUUGAGCUUUCUCUAUCAAGGGAGACCGCUGCCUCAGGCCCCCAGGCCACAGCCAAGACCCCCAGGGCCUAUCUACCAGCUCCUUUCCUCUCAACCAGCCCUGCCUGCGCUUCUGGUGGCAGAGAUCUGCCUCUUCACCAUCCCCUAA